CCCCUCCAAAUCAUUGGAUUCAGGUGUUCCAAUCACCUCCAUGGCCACAGGUGUGUAACAUCAAACACCUAGCUAUGCAGACUGCUUUUAUAAACAUUUGUGAAAGAAUGGGUCGCUCUCAGGAGCUCAGUGAAUUCCAGCAUGGUACCAUGAUAGGUUGCCACCUGUGCAAUAAGUCUACCCGUGAAAUUUUCUUGCUACUAAAUAUUCCACGGUCAACUGUUAGUGGUAUUAUAACAAAGUGGAAGCAACUGGGAACAGCAGCAACUCAGCCUCCACCACUGGACUCUAGAGCAGUGGAAAUGUAUUCUCUGGAGUGACGAAUCAUGCUUCACUGUCUGGCAAUCCAAUUACCAUGUCUGGGUUUGGCAGUUGCCAGGAGAACGGUACUUGCCUGACUGCAUUGUACCAAGUGUAA